UGGUUAUAAAAGAACCAACUACAAAGGGCACACACGAGCCGGUUUCGCUCCUGCUAGCUUCGUUUUCCUUCACUGUCACUACCAAAGCCGCAGCUGAAAAAUGGAAGAAGAGCUCAGAACUCCUAAAACCGAGGUCUUUGACGACGCUGCCGACGAUGACCCACCAGCCCUGAGCUCUCAUGCUCUAGCAGCUCUCCAAGAGUUCCUCAAAGAACAAAGCCAAUCUCUUGCUGACCAUGAAACUGUAGAAACCGAAGGAGGAGGAACUGGGUCGGAGAGUGAAGUGGCGUUAGUAACUGAAGAUUGGAGGCUGAGCCAGUUCUGGUAUGACCCAGAAACAGCCCGGACCGUGGCCCAAGAAGUUCUUUCUCUUUGCAGUGACUCCAAUUAUAAAGUAGCUUGUAUCGCUUGCCCGACCCUCUAUGCCUAUCUUAAGAACAUGGACCCUAAUAUCUCUGUGCAACUUUUGGAGUAUGAUAAGCGUUUUGAGCAAUACGGCAGUGAUUUUACAUUUUAUGAUUACAACCAACCUGAAGACUUGCCAUUGGAACUCAAACAUACUUACCAAGUUGUAGUUGCUGAUCCUCCGUACCUGAGCAAGGAGUGUUUGGAGAAAGUUACUCAAACAAUAUCUUUUCUUGUACAACCACAAAAAUCUUACUUACUUUUGCUUACAGGAGAGGUGCAGAGGGACAGAGCUGCUGAGCUCUUGGGUUUGUACCCCUGCAAUUUCCGGCCUCAACACUCUAGCAAACUUGGAAAUGAGUUUCGGCUUUUCACAAACUAUGACCCUGGGGAUCGAUUAGGAGGCUGGGGGCAAGAAAACUAGGUGCCUUUUUCUGGCCACCAUUUAUAUGAACGUCACUUUGGAUUUUUCUCCUGAAAAAAGCUAGUGUUAAAUCCAACAUUUAUGAAGUUCUUACAAUUGAUUAUAAUUAUCAAGGCAUUUGCAAUGCUUGACAGCACUAUUUACUCUUCAAAGUAACCCAUAAAAAAUGACCUUGCUGUUUCAGUUCA